AUGGCCAAGAAAAAGACUUUUGGUGAUUGUCUUCCUUCCGUCGGAAUGGGUGCUCUUUCCGGUUUUUUAGUUGGAGGUGGUAUGGCAGGAAUUACCAUUCUCGGAUAUUCAUUACUGCCAUCAAUGAGAGGCAAUAGAGUAAAUUUCUUAAAAACUGUUGGAGUGAGAACUGUAUUACAAGGAGGAGGCGCUUUUGGAGCCAUCUUAGGCUUUGGUGGAUUAUUAAGAUGUAUUUAA